AUGGUACGCUGGUUGGAUCAUCCUCUUCAAACGAUUUGGGGCGGGCCAUCCGACUCUCAGACGGUGGCCACAACUGACACUGCGCCAGUUCUGCCCACCGACGGUAGUGCUAAUGAUGUCAUGGACGAGCCGCCUUCUGGCUCUAUCUCUCCCACCGCCCCGCCAGGUUCUGAUGAAGUUCCGAUGGACCAGCCGUCUCCCUUUGCCGCAUCCGGCUCUUUGCCUCCGCGCGUUGAUCUGCGUCCGACGAUGGAUGACCCUCUCUCUAGUGACAUUGAGUGGAUCGAGCGCCAAUACGCCGCUGGUGGUAAUUGUUCAUUCAUCGAUUCUCGUAUCAACCAGGCGAGACCGUAUACUCUUCCUCAUGACAAGUACGACAUGAUGAUUGCUACUAGUCGGACGCUCGCGAAGACUCCGCUCCAGAAGAUAUUGGUGUCCCUUUCUGGCAAACACUACGGGAAUGACUCUCUUAAUGACCCCAAUCACAGCCAUAAGAUUGGCCAAAUCUCUAAGCUGCUUGGAGGCGAUCUCCGCAUCAGGGUGAAAUUGGACGAAGCCCGUAUCCGGCUUGAGCGCACGAAAGUGAGCAUUCUGGGUGGCGCCUACACUGUUAAGGAGCUUGAUGUGCUCGGUGGCAGUACUUCAUCAACAUCUCCAACAUGGGCUCGGACAUGGACACCCACCUGA